AUGACCGGUUCAAUCGCUAACAUGAAAAAACACUACAAUCAGAAAAGUUUUACAUAUGUACCACCAACACCGCCUGCAGAGCUCAUCGACUGUGAUAAUUUCAUACUUGACUUCGCUGAUCGUAAGUUUUUAAAUGUUGGAUUUGAUUCGGAAGACAAGUUCAAUAUUGUUAUUCAUAUAAUAACACCGUCACGCUAUGUAAGCAUAUACGAGGGUUUUUUAAGACGAACAUUCUCGCUGAUGGGGAAUAUACUGUCAUUCAUAUUAGAUGUUCCACAAAAAAGUAGAAAACAGAUUUUUUUGGAGGAUGAAUUUACUGUCGUAUCGAACAUGGUGUAUCGAGGAGAAAAUGUGCUAGUCGUAGAGUCGAAGAAAAAGGAAGGAUGUCGUGUAUUGCUCGAUCGAAAAAACUUGUUGAAAUUACAAUAUAUGGAGGAGAGUAUUUUCGAAACGUUCGCACGAAAGUCAACCAUCAUACGUCCAGUUGUAUUAAGACAAUUUGAAAUUAUUGGAAAUUAUAUAGACCGGGAACUUACCAAUGUGCAAUCGCCACCGAAAACAGUUGAAGAAAUGAUAAUUUUUAUUAAAAACCUUUAG